UUUUGUUUCCUAAAUAUACUUUAUAAACUUAAACGUGGUUUAGUUUUUUCGGUCUGAAUAUGUUUGGUUUCAGGGUUGUCUAUGUAUACAACAGAUUUAACCUUUUGACAGCAGUUUUUUGGGACGCCUGAAAAGAAUUGAUCUUAUGUGGACACACAUUUGAUGGACAGCUUAACUUUUGAUUACGUUUUAUGUAUCCGCCAUUUUGAUUCUCAAAUCUGACAGAUUUUUGUUGCCUGCCUGGCCUACUGAAGUAUAAUUUGGACAGUGUCAACACAGUCGCUCGGUAGGCUAACCACCGUGUAACGGCAGUGUAAAUGACAUUGCAACCGGGGAAGGGGAGCAACGUUAAGCUAACAACGCAGUCAUGAACAGCCAGAUAUGGGCCUCCUGGUGACCUGACAGCCAAAGUCGCCGAGUUUCCUUCCAGCUUGUAAACGAGGACACGAAAAUGAUUGAUAAAAGCUAAGUGAAUCAGCCAGUGACGUCAGCCAUGUUUUGGAAGUUUGACUUGCACACGUCCUCUCACCUGGAGGCUUUACUGGACAAGGAGGACGUCACACUCACAGAGCUCCUGGAUGAAGAGGAUGUACUGCAGGAGUGCAAAGCAAACAGGAGACUUCUCCUGUUUUUAUGCCAGGACCAGUGCAUGCAGGAGCUGGUCUGUAUGAUUACUACAGAGCCCCCUGCUGGUGUAGAGGAGACCAAGCGAUUCAAGUAUCCAAAUAUAGCAUGCGAGGUGUUGACAUCUGAUGUGGGAGUGAUCAAUGAUAAAUUAGGUAAUGAGGAGCCUCUGUUGGAAACUCUGUAUUCGUUCCUGGAGCAGCCAUCACCGCUUAACCCCCUCCUAGCGUCUUUCUUUAGCAAGACAAUUGGAAACCUCAUCACACGGAAGACUGAGCAGGUGAUCAGUUUCCUACGACGGAAGGAGGGAUUCCUUUCCUUGGUCCUGAAGCAUAUUGAUACAUCAGCCAUGAUGGAUGUGCUCUUAAGACUUAUAAGCUGUGUGGAGCCACCCCCUCUUCGUCUUGAGACACUAACUUGGCUAAAUGAAGAGAAGUUGGCCCAGAGACUCAUAGAGCUCAUUCAUCCAGAGAGAGAUGAUGAGAGGCAGUCCAAUGCAUCUCAGACUCUGUGCGACAUUAUUCGUUUGAGCCGAGAUCAAGCCAAUCAGCUCCAAGAGAUGUCACAACCCGACCCUUUGCUGACUGUGCUGGAAUCGCAAGAGUGUGUGGAGCAGUUGUUACAGAAUAUGUUCUCAGGAGAGAGGAGUGAGAGCUGUAUCAUCAAUGGAAUUCAAGUUCUCCUCACAUUACUGGAGAUCAGGAGGCCCGUAGUGGAUGGUGUAAUGGAUGCUCAGGGAUUUGAAAGAAGUUACACUGUUAACAGCAGUAUUUUGUUGGCCAUCCAACCACACCUGAAACAUUUCCACCAGCUACUUCUAGACCCACCCAAGCGAAAUCCUAUGUUGACUACUCUGGGUGUGCUGGAGGAACCAUUGGGGAACACGCGGCUGCAUGUAGCCAGGCUAGUGGCCUCUCUGCUGUACACCAGCUCUGCCAGCCAUGCAGUAGUAGCACAGGAACUCUGCCGACUCAAUACAAUGGACAUGCUUCUGGACUUGUUUUUCAAGUACACAUGGAACAACUUCCUUCACCUUCAAGUGGAGCUCUGUGUUGCAGCCAUCCUCCGGCCCUGUGCCCACGAAAUGAGACUUCAGCCUGGUUUGGAAUCCCAGGAAAAAUUCAAGCCUCAUCAGGAUGAAUCACAAGAGCAGGCUUCAACUGAGACACAAACUUCUGAGCCCUCAGUCACUUCUGAAAACUCUGCACAUAAUUUAAUGGUGACUCAUUUGUUUCAGCACUGCCACCUUGUCCAGAGGAUUUUAGAGGCAUGGGAAGAGAAUGAUAAAAUGCAGUCUGAAGGUGGAAUGAGAAGAGGGUACAUGGGUCAUCUAACCAGGAUUGCCAACACAGUCGUCCACAACCUGGAGAAAGGCCCGGUUCACACCCAGAUUAGUAGUCUUAUCACAGAGCUGCCAGAUGACUACAGAGGGCGCUGGGAAACUUUUGUGGAUCAGACCCUGUCUGAGACCAAUAGGAAGAACACCAUAGACCUGGUUGGCUGUGGAAAUCCACGUCCUUCAUCAGAAGAUGACAUGGAGAGCCCCUUCCCUAAAGAACUCACCCUACAGCAGGCCUUUUCUGACUACCAGAUACAGCAGAUGACAGCAAACUUUGUGGAUCAGUUUGGCUUCAAUGAUGAAGAGUUUACUGAUCCUGAUGACAGCAUUGGGGCAACCUUUGACCGUAUUGCAGAGAUCAAUAUCAACAUUGAUCCAGGCCAUGACAGUGCUAAUUCGACUGUGUUUGAAGCCUGUUCCAAGGAUAGGAUUCAGCCAUUUGAUGAUGAUGAGGAAGACAUUUGGGAGGAGAAAGAGAUCAACUAUGCAACACAAACUAAGUCCCGUAACAGGUUUGGUGGAUCUCGGCCAUCUCAGAGCCAAGCAGUCAGUAAAAUCUGUGACAUAACCACAGGUUCUGUCACUGAGACCUCUGAGAAAGCAACAGACUCAGAUUCUGAAGGAGAGGAGUCUAAAGAUGAUCUGGAUCCUUUCUCAAGCCAGUCUGAGGCAGCAAAGAACACUGGCUGGGUAGCCGACUUUGGGGAAGUGAACUCAAAGGCUCCUGCACCCGGAGUGGGUUUCGCUGCCUGGGACAGUCCAGCAUCUCAGCCAGCUGCCACAGACACAGAAGAAAAAGGAUGGGCCAAGUUUACUGACUUCCAGCCAUUCUGUUGCUCUGAAACCGGGCCCAGAUGCAGCUCUCCUGUGGACUCGGAGCACAGCGGAUCCGACAGCACUAAACCAAACCAGAAUCCUUGUGGGUGGAGCGUGUGUGUGGCGAGGAAAGCUCCAUUAGUGGCAUCAGACAGCUCUUCCUCCAGCAGCUCAGACAGCGAUGAGGAAGAAGGGAAGACAGAGUCAUCAUCCACCACAGAGACCAUCACCACUGGUGCUGGCAAGGAGACCAUCCGACUCACUGUGGACGCCAAAAACGAGAGAGCGGUUUUCUCCAGUGAAGCAGACAAGGUGCCCGUAGAGGGACUCUCCAUCAAAGACAAAGGAAAAAGCAAGGAGGAGAAGGAGGGUGAAAAGGGAAAGAAACCUGGAGAUUUCCCCACUUCAGCUACCACCAGUCCAGCUAACCAGUCAGCUGCAGUUACACAGGAGAUGCAGCCCUCUGCUAAUGGACCAGCCUAAUGCUGCAUUACAGGUGUAAACAACAUGCUUAUCAUCAGUCCAUUCAACAUACUGGCACCUUCUUCCUUCUUCCAAUUACCAGUCCUCCUAAGCCCGUUUUUGUGCCCGAAGACAUGUAAGCAAUGGAAGAUCAUCAACGUUGAGGUCAGACAGCCAUUAGCAGCAUCUCUUCUGCACCUUCAUGGCAUAAUUUCAGCUGAAUUGUUUUAAAGAGAAAACUGUUUUAAAGAAAAUUUGGUAUUGCCAAAUCCCCAAAAGCCAAACUGUAUUCCUUCUUAACUUUUUCAAAAUAUAAUUUUCUCAUUGAAGGACAAGUAAAACACAUUUUAGAGGCACUUUAAUCCUAAGACACCCACAUCAGUCAGAUAGUGAAACUUUUAUUGAAGUCUGCAUCACACUUUUAGAUUGUUUGAGCAUGUCUGCUCUUUGGGCAUUAAAACACAGCCCAGUGAGUUUUUCUAGCAGAGCAUUUGACUGUUUACACUUUAGUAAAGACAACUGUAUCCAAAUAAUCAGCCAAGUUUAAAAUCGCCAAGAUGCUUGCAGGCCUGCUGCCAUUUGUUCUUUAGCAUUUCCAUACACUGUACAUGCCAGGCAGAUAUUGUAUGAGUGAUAUAAAUUUGGCUUUUCUUUCAUACAUGCUGUCAGAAUCAUUUCUCAAAAUAUGUUCAGAAUCUUUGCUUUGAUCAAAUGAAAAUCGGAUGCUUUUUUUUUGUUUGUUUGUUUUUUUUUUUUUAAAUUUGGGAGUAUCGUGUGCCAUUUCCUCUUCAAACCUCUGACAGAUCCAUGUAGUUUAGAGGUGUGUGCAUAGCUGUAUUUAUGUGUGUAGAUAUGCGCUUGUGUGUGUGUGUGAGCUCUGUCUGAGGUACAGAGUGUAUUCUCAGGUCAAAGGAGAGGUAUGCAGAUACAAAGAAAGCACACCUGUGUAACACACACACACACACACACAGCUUCAUACACACAUGUAUACACAGCCAUAUCUAUACACACAUGCAAAAAAAGUCAAUCACAAUACACAGUGAUGUGCACAUAAAAUCAUAUCACCCUCAGAGCUGUUUAAAUGUAAUAUUGUGAAAUUUGAACCUGUAUUAGGUUGUGGCUAUUCUUGGUAACAUGUAACGUAAUAUAAAUGUAAACAGUAUAUAUAAACAUUAUAUCUAUUUUUGGAAUAAAUCCAAUGUAUGGAAAGGCGGUUGUUUUGCAGGUUGCAAUGUGUGUAUUGUAUGUGUGUGUUGUACUGUUGAAAUGAGGCAAUAAUGAUGUCUGUAUUUCAGUUAAUAGCCCAGCAUCAGUUCCUGUUCCUUUGCUACAUUCUUCCUACAUGGAGGUUUAACAGUGUGCAUGUGUGUGUGAAUGAAAGCCAGUCUGCAGUAUGUCUUCCAUAUUAUUUACAUCAAGGAUAAUUAUGGUUUAGUACAACAAACAAACAAUACAACAGUCUUGAUUUUAAUUAUUUUGGUCAUAAUUUUUAUCGGUAAUAGUUACAUUGUGCUGAUCAUUGGGGAAAAAAAUAGAACAAACUUCCAAGUGAGCCUAAAUUUCUUAGAUGUGAUAAGAAAGGUCUCCUAACGAUAGAUGACAGUUUAAAAAUUGAUAUUCUCAUUCAACUUGACCUUAAACACAUUUAGAUUGACAUCUUUGAGUUUUACCUCUAGGUUAUGUAACUAAUUUGCUUUAUUUAUAACCUCUGUCUGUGUCACUGCUAAAUGAUAAUAAUGACAAAACAGCCUAAAUUGAAUCCAAGUUGUAAUAAAUUGGAAUUAUCCUUUCGGUUUACGUUUGCCAGUCAUGCUUUACUUUAUCUUCCUCCUCGUCUCUCUCUUUCUCAGGGCAGGAGUUGACUUUAAUUGCUUAUAUGCCUAUGGAACGAUUUACAUAGAUUGUUGUAUUUAUUUUAAAAGCACUUUUUUCAAGAAGCACUUUUGGUUUGUAUUUGGUGGAGCCAAGUGCCACCGUUGUUCCCUGCUCAAAGAGGCGGGAAUGUUUGACUUGAAUGAGUGAAUCAUAUAGAUACUUUAGAGUAUUUUCUCUUUGAUGCUUUUUGCCAAAGUGUGUCUUGUCACCAGUGUAUAACUGGGUUUCAUAUCUGUGAAGUAGCCUCCUUUCUUGCAGUGGUCGUAAAAGUGUGACAGUUUAUCUAAGGCCAUCUUGGUUUGAUCCCUCCUUCAUGUUUUUGUAGACUUGAAGAUGAUGGAAUCACAGAGAGGGAAAGUCCUGACCCUUCUCAUGUGUAUCAGGAGACCUCACUAUAGGAAAAAUAUGCCAAGAGGCAAAUCACUGAAUUAUGCCAUCAGUUACAUAUAUAAUGUUUGCUAAGCUCAGACAGUGUGUAUCAUAAAGAUCCUUAAACUUGGUUUUGUGUUAAGUGGAAAGCAUCGCUCUCACAUGAUACAAGUCACAGACACCAAAAUGGAUGUCACCUGUAUACAUUCCACCUUUGAGAAUGAGUGAAAAAAGUAUUAAAAGGAGGUAAAAAUCAGUCGUCAGAGAUAUAUUCAGCGGAUGAAUAGCCCAAGGAGAAAAAAAGUAAAGAUGACAUUACUUAAACACCUUUUGAGUGUUUAGUCAUUUCUAAUCACUCAGUCUGUCUCAUCAACAGUUUUAUGACAAAGUGUGACUAUGAAGCUUGUUGUAAAUUGCCAAAAAUCAUAUUAUUAUUAUUAUUAUUAUUAUUGGUGGCAUGAUUCAAACAGGAU